AUCCCAGAUUUCGACCCGUCAGGUGGAGAGCUCAAAGCGCACAGGAUUUGACAGAUGUUCGAAUCGGACAAACUGCACCGCAAAGAGAGAAUUGGGGAGCAUUUCGGAUUUACAUAGUGGUAGCCUAUAUGCGACAAAAUGUCUGGACAAAAGAGUGCGAAUCCGUGUAAUAAAUUCCAAGCGAACAUUUUUUAUAAAAGUAAAUGUCAGAACUGCUUCAAGUCUCGGGAGCUGCAUCUUCCAACUGAUCAUGGUAAGGACCAGGCCAAACCCAUCUAUGGAGGCUGGCUCUGCUUGGCUGCUGAGGGGACAGACUUUGACAAUCCAAUUCAGAGGUCAAGGAAAUGGCAGCGACGAUUCUUCAUCCUGUAUGAAAAUGGCAGCAUGAGCUUUGCACUGGACGAGUUGAAAAGCACUCUGCCACAAGGAACAGUGAACAUGAAUCUGUGUACAGCGGUGAUUGACGCAGAGCCUAAGACAGGCCAGAGGAACGCUUUGUGCAUCAUCACACCUGAACAGGAGUUCUUUAUCCGGGGGGAGAACAAGGAGAUCAUCAAUGGCUGGAGUGAACAACUAGUCGUUUACCCACGGACCUAUAAGCAGAAUCAGAAGAAGAAACGUAAAGUAGAACCCACUACUUCCCAGGAACCCAGCCCAGCAAAGAUGGCUGCCACUGAGCCCAGUUUCUCAGUCAUGAAAAGUGGUGACCCUCGCCUGUGGCAGGGAGAGCGGCCCAGUGGGGGUCCGGAUGUGGCCCCUGUCUGGACUGUGACAGAUACUGAUCCCCUGGGCCUGGACGAGACCCCUGCAGGUCAUGGUUCCCACUACCUCCCUUCAGCCUCCAGUGACUCCCUGACCUUUGACGGUAGUCUGCGGCUCUCCAACGGCUCCUGUAUCAGUAGCUCUGUGAGUUCCCUGGACUCUGUGGCCAGCAAGGGGACUGACACCAGCAGCGACAGCCAGCGCACAGAGCCUACGCCAUACAGAGACCACCCACCGGCCAACAAGAACAACAUGGCAGAGAGAAGCUGCUACAAUGAGCCAGGGAAGGCUGGGAGGAGUGCUGUGGGAGAGGACCUGGGUCAGGCUGGAUCCAGGAAGGGGAGGAGUGAAACUCGCAGCAACCAGAGAGAGAAACUGCAGUCGUGUGGAGAUCUAAGCCCAGGUCAACUCACCGUCCCUCCUCCUCAGAGAAGAGCUAAGUCACUGGACCGCAGGACCUCGGAGUCUGUCAUGACUCCUGAUUUGCUGAACUUCAAGAAAGGGUGGAUGAUGAAACUGGAUAAGGAGGAUCAGUGGAGGAAAUACUGGUUUGUGCUAUCAGCUGACAGUCUGAGGUACUACAAGGAUUCCUUCGCAGAGGAGAACUCAGAUCUGGAGGGGGAGAUUGACUUGACCAAGUGUCAUAAUGUCUCAGAGCACCAGGUCCAGAGGAACUAUGGCUUUCAGAUCCAUACCCAGAAGUGUGUCUUUACUCUGUCAGCCAUGACUGCAGGGAUACGGAGAAACUGGAUCCAGGCCCUCAUGAAGAAUGUCCAUCCAUCUAACGCUCCUGAUGUGGCCAGCAGCUUGACAGUCCAUCACGUCCCUUGCAGCCCAUCAGAGUCACUGCCCCUCCCUAAGCCAGACGUGACCCAGGACUCCUCCCCCUCCUCUGAGGUCCCUACAGAGAGAGUCCAGGGGCCCAAACAGAGCCGCAUCCGUGAGAGGAGACGCGAAGGGCGCUCCAAGACCUUUGACUGGGCUGAGUUCAGCCCUAUGGCCCUGCUAGCCUCUGAGCAGGAGGUGCAGCAGGAGACAAAGGAGCCUCUUCGGAUGGAGGUAGGGGACCUGGAGAGGAAGAGGAGGCGAGAUGAGAGGAGGAGGAGGUAUGACAGCAUGCUCGGCUUCCUUGUGGACUGGGAGAUGGACUGUGACAGAGGAGGUAUCAGUCCCAGGUCACCCAGGACUCACCAGAGGGUGCAGAGGGAGAUUGAACAGUGCUGGCAGCAGGUGGAAAGGACUGCCUUUAGACAGGAGAAGACUGUUCCAUUGUACACUGAGUCCCAGGGCAAGGAUAAAGAGGAUAUGGGGAUUCUACUGGAGACCUACCACAGGAGGGUAGAAGAGUUGAAGGGCCAGUUGGCAGAGUCAGACCAACGCAGGCUUGAGCUGGAGGCUCAGUUGAGCACUGCAUUAGGACUCCAGCCUCAUGCCUCCCUGCCGCUUGAGGCCCCAAUGUGCCCAGAAGCUGAUCUUCCCUCUUUGAAAAGCCUGACGGACAUGUACAGGGAGACCAGAGAGCUCCUCCAGCAACAGGAGCUGAAGAAGCAGGACAUACAGGAGCAGCUCCAGGAGCAGCUUGGCCUGGCCCUGUCAUCGGCCCCUCUGGAGAAACACAGCUCCCCUGGAACUCACCCAUCACCACCACCCAGCAUCUGGCUGCAUGACACCGAGGGAAACCUCCAGGGGCUGGAGGAUCUGUUCCCUGACUGCCCUAUAUCAGUAAACACACCUGGCAUGUCACCAACCUCAGACACAGAACUCUCAUCUUACUCUGUGCCUCAGAAUGGAAGUGAGAACAGAGGGCCUAACUUGGGCAGUGAAACUAGCUCUCAGACACAGUUUGAAAAUGGAAGCCAUAGACAGACAUUGAUUCCAGAAUCGCACACAAAAUGGAGCCCAGAUUCACUGAGCAUGGGGGAAACUCAGGAAAGAGCCAACGGCGUGAGAAUAGACAACCUACUAUGCUGUGAGACACCCAGACCCACGGAGGAGUACGUAGACCCAGACCAGGCCAUCGUGAUGAGGAGACUAUCCCAGGAGGUAGAGCUGCUCAGCAUCCAGAACGAGGCCCUCAACCAGCGCAACCAGGAGAUGCUCAACCAGCUGACAGAGGCAGACAGAGAGAUAGAGAGACUGAAAGCAGAGCUUAUCACUCAGUACAGUGGACCUCAGUUCCUCCCUGAGGCAGAGCAGCACAGCCAGACCAAAGUGAAAGGCCUGGAGAAGGAGCUGCGCAGGAGAGAUGAGCAGCUCCAGGAGGCCCAGUCCCUACUAGCCUCAAUGGACCAGCGUCUGAAGGAGACAGAGGUACAGCUGCAGCUCAGGGAGGACACUUUCAAAGACCUGGGCUUCCCAGCAGAAGAGGAUGAUGAUGAUGAAGAGGAGGAAGCUUGGGAAGAGAAUAUCAAAACACACCACCUUGGAGAGAAGGAGCGGGAACACCUUCAACAGUGUCUGCAGGCCAUGGAGGCCAAGCAAUUAGAACUAGAGAGACAGCUCCAGCACACAGAACAGACCUGCAGGGAGCUGCAGGCCCACAACACACAACUCAGAGAGGCUGAGCGGUUGUACAGCCAGAGAGCCAUGGAGGCAGAGGCUGACAUCGUAAGGUUUAAUGAGGAAGUAGAGAAGGAAAGGACGGUGGAGAAAGAAAGUGGAUUAAGGUGUAGCAGUGAAGGCAAAUGGCAGGAUGAGUUAAUAUUGGAUUCAGGUGAAGAAAGGGUUCAGCAAGUGAUGGAAGGGAUAAGAUUGAUGUCCAGAACCUUAGGGAGAGUAGUGCAGGUGAUUGACAGGUCAGGUAUGGAUGUGGUAAAGAUGCCAUUAGAUAGAAAGUGUGUGGAGGUGAACAAGACAGUGGUCAGGCAGCUUCAGUUAGAGGAGGAGUUUUGGGGAAGGCUGUUGAACAGUUUGAAGGUCAACCCAUCCCAGUCCAAUGAGGAUAAACUCACAGAUGUGAUUCUAAGUCAGAUUUUAGAACACAUGGUAGUGGAAAAGCAAACGCUCCUCCUAGCUCAUACUCUUUUUUCUCAUAAGAAAGAUUUAAACAUAAACACUGGAGGCCUGGACAGGAUGAAUGGAUGCAGGUCUUUGAGAGACCUGGACAUCAUUGGAAACAUAGCAGGUGAAACAGGUUCAGAAAUGAAAGAGGAAGAUGAUGAUGAGAGGAUAUGGAAUGUGUACAACCAGCAUAAUGACACCGAUGACUUCGGACAUUUCACAGAGAUCACACAGGAGAGAAUUUUCCUGCUCAACCAAAUCGCCUCCUCAGUCGGAGCCUCGGCCAAUGACGAGCUCCAGUCCCUGGCACAAAGACUUUGUCAUUUCCACAAUGUAAAUGAUCCCCUGUUAGCUUCCAUACACUGCACCGCCAUGGAAGCCUUCUCAUCCUAUCGUCUCAGUAGGCUUAACACUCUACACAAGAGCCAAUUUCAAGAGACUCAACAGGGACUGCUCAUUGCUUCUUCUCCUUUGAUGUGCAGCAGAUGUGCUGGGCAGCUUGGGGCCAGACGGUCAGACCUGGAGAGACAGGGGAGUUCCUCAGUGGGAUUUGGGUUGACCCCCCUGAGGCAGGGAGAACACAUAGACUCACAGCAAACAGCCACACAGCUACUAGAUACUGCAAGUGAGCAGAAGACAGAGACGCCUGCAAUGAAUGCUGCAGGUAAAAUGGAGGUGGGAAGCCCAAACCACGGAGUGACUGCAGUAGAGGAAGUGUGCUGGGUUAGAAGGUGUGCAGAAGUGGUGGAGGGUGACUUCCUGCCCAACAGCAUUGAGAGUCCAAUGAUAAAGGUAGAGAGUAGGGUAGAUGAGGUAGAGAGUAGGGUAGAUGAGGUAGAGAAAGGAAUCCAGGAAGUUGAUACUGAUAAGGAUGUAGAGGAGAGGAGCACUACUGAACCCCAUGAAGAAGCAAACACUCUGGGGGAGGAGAAGCUGGAGAUUGUGUUAUCAUCACUGAGAGGUCAUGUGAAGGAUCUGGAGGAGCAGCUGUCUGUCAUGGCCAACAUGAAAGCAGAGCAUGAUGGGAGAAUGGCAUGUCUCCAGCUGAAACAUAAGGAGGACAUAGAAAAGCUAAAGGCCACAUAUGAGCAUGGCUUUGUCACCAUGGAGGAGUCCCAGCAGAGGAUCGUGGGGGAACUGCAGCACAGACACCAGCAGGACCUGCAGCGCCUGCAGUUAGACACAGACAGACUGCUGGAGGAGGAGACGGCUGCUACUAUCACAGCAAUUGAAGCAAUGAAGAACGCUCACCGUGCCGAAGUCAAGAGAGAGAUACAGAGGGCAUGCCAUGAAAACAACAAUGCAGGAGAUGUGAAUCUUGGAGAAAUAUGCAGGCAACACAGUGAGGAGCUGGUCUCCUGUCACAGGGAGCUGGAGGUGUUGUCCCAGCAGUACUCUCUGAAGUGUCUGGAGAGCUCCCACCUGGGCCAGGCCCUGGAGGCAGAGAGACAGGCUCUGUGUCAGUGUCAGCAGGAGAACCAGGACCUCAGAACUCGCAACCAGGAGCUGAGUGGUCAUCUUGCUGCAGAGAUCACCAGACUUUGCUCUCUGGCCAAGCAGGACACCUUCCCUCUUAGUCAGGAGAGAGAUGUGUAUGAGCUGGAGAUCUCCCUGCGUGUGAAGGAGUCAGAGGUACAGUGCCUCAAGCAGAAGAUCACCUCGCUCAAGGAUGAACUCCAGACAGCCCACAGGGAUAAGAGGUAUGCAACAGAGACGUACAAGGACAUCUACACAGAGCUAAGCAUCAUGAGAGCCAAGGCAGAGAGAGACCUGGGACAUCUCAGGGAGAACCUGAGGUUGGCCCACAAAGCACUAGGAGAGCUCUCACCUGCAGUGGACACAGAUAAUAAUGAGUGUCAAGGAAGAUAACUGCAGCUGAACAAAGAGACACAACGCACAACGUGGAUUGUUCAUCGGUCUAUCCAUGUUUACACCAUUUAGCACUUAGAGAUCCAAAGUUAUAUUGUCAAACAUUUUAUGUCCUAUCUACCGUUACUGUACUACAGAAUUUUAAAAGCGCAUUAUUUGAGGAUUCUGUAUUUUUACAUCAUUGUAUCUAAACGCACACUACUAUUUAGUCUGUCUACGUUUGUCGAUAGGCUAGACAUUUUGUAGACGUUUAUCUGACGAUUAACAUUUAUCUCAAGGCGUUUGUAAAAUGUGUAGAAUUAUUACCCUGCUAUGUCCAAUCCAGUUAUUGAACGGGGAUAUUUCUAAAGACAACUCAGAUUAAGUUUGCUUUUCUUACCUGUGAAAUACAUGAACAAGUAUGUAUGUACCGUCUGAGUCUAUAAUGUAAAAGUAUUAUUUGUUUGUGAGUGGAUGGUUUUAUUUGGAGGCGUUUAUCUUGGUCCUGCUAGUACACAUUUUGAUGUUCUUUAUUCAUGUCAAGUAAUCUAAUGAUAAAUUAAAUGGAUUUAUUUUAAA